GCGCUUUCUCACCACUCAUACGUCAUCAUUGCGCGCCUGAACGAGGAUCACUGAGCGGCACUUCUUUCCUAUUGAAUGGGAAGUAGAAAAAAAACACAGCGUAGAAUAGUCAAACUAACCUCUCAGCUAAUUCGUUACAGGAUAUUAUUAAAAACGGAAAUAUUUCGAGAUGAUUGAUACCAUCGAAAAAGAAGACAAUAUUAUCAGCGAGGAGGAGGCUGCACAAUAUGAUCGACAGAUUCGCCUUUGGGGUCUCGAUGCUCAAAAGAGACUUAGGGGAUCACGGGUACUUCUUGUUGGUCUCCGGGGUCUUGGUGCAGAAGUAGCAAAGAACCUUAUUUUGGCUGGGGUCAAAGGACUGACUCUCCUGGACCAUGAGCAGGUGACAGAGGAGUCCAGACGUGCUCAGUUCCUGAUCCCUGUGGAUGCAGAUGGUCAGAACCAGGCCCAGGCCUCUCUGGAGAGAGCUCAGUUACUCAACCCAAUGGUGGAAGUGAAGGCAGACACCGAUGCGGUGGAGAGCAAGCCGGAUGACUUUUUCUUCCAGUUUGAUGCGGUUUGUCUGACCAGGUGCUCUAAAGACCUCAUGGUGCGAGUGGACCAGCUCUGUGCCUCCAGGAACAUCAAGGUCUUCUGUGGAGAUGUGUCUGGUUAUCAUGGAUACAUGUUCUCCGACCUUGGCAAGGAGCAUCACUAUGUAGAAGAAAAGCCCAAAGUGGUGAAAGGGUCUAAUGAGGCCAAUGAUGGUCCUGAGGCAAAGAAGCCGAAGGUUGACCCCAAUGAGACUACAAUGGUGAAAAAGACCGUCAGCUUCUGCUCUCUCAAAGAAGCCCUAGAGGUUGACUGGACUAACGAGAAGGCCAAAAGCAAUCUGAAGCGUACUCCUGCAGACUACUUCCUUCUGCAAGUGCUUCUGAAGUUUCGUACAGAUAAAGGUCGUGAUCCUCAGCCAGACAGCUUUGCUGAAGACUCUCAGCUGCUCUUGCAAAUCCGUGAUGAUGUUCUUGAGACCAUGGGCCUGAGCUCAGAGCUGCUCCCCAACACCUUUGUCAGUUACUGUUUCUCUGAGAUGGCUCCAGUGUGCGCUGUUGUCGGAGGAGUUCUUGGACAAGAGAUAGUCAAGGCGCUGUCUCAGAGAGAUGCUCCGCACAGGAACUUUUUCUUCUUCGACGGCCUGAAGGGCAGCGGGGUGGUCGACUACUUCGGAUCCAAAUAAGUGGCCCCUGGAGAACACGGAGAGAUGUGUGGCGAUGCAUGUGUGCUCUCGAAACACCAUGGAGUUCUUCUUCUGCCAGUGGCCGCAGGCAUCAAAAUCUGUCUUUUGGACGGUACCUUUGCGUAGCAGUAUGCCACACAUCAA